AUGCUUGCGAAACACCUGAUAUUCGCCACCCUCCCUCUCCUCUCUCUCACCGCCGCAGUGCCGAUCGUCGAAACAAGCCUCCUCGGCCCCUUGACAAAUAGCGCUCCCCUGGACAGCCUUGCGGCUCAGCCCCCGGCGCAGGACCCCGCCGCCACGAGCGAGGUCCAGCGACGCGGGGCUGGCGACGACGCUCGCCCGCCCACCCAGAUACUCAAAAAGAUCAAGAACUUGGGGCGCAAGAUGACCGGACAGAGCCGAUUCCCCGGGACGGGCCGUCGCGUGGGCAGCCUUGCGGACAACGAGGCGCAGGGCAAGCCGGCCGGCCAGUCCUCUGGGGGAUCCGCCAGGGGCCAGGGCGAGAGCGAGCAGCGUCAAUCUUGA